UGCAGUAACCCUUCUGAAUUACACUUCAAGACAAUUUCAAGAAAGUUUCCAACAGAUUUCAUGGGUGGCAAGUGUUCAAAGAGGCCAAAAACUGGCGGAUAUUCAGGCAAUCCGCAGUCACAAUAUACUCAAUCGAGCUACAAUUAUCCGACUUAUCAGGCAUAUUGUGGUCCACCUCCUGCAUCAAGGAAAUAUUCAAAGAUCGACGAUGACUACAACAGCUUAGAACAGGUUACUGAUGCGCUUGCACGUGCAGGACUAGAGUCUUCAAACUUAAUUGUUGGGAUCGAUUUUACCAAGAGCAAUGAGUGGACCGGUGCAAGGUCAUUCCAGGGGAAAAGUUUGCAUCACAUUGCGGAUAAUCAGCAAAAUCCAUAUGAACAAGCAAUAUCCAUCAUUGGAAGAACACUAUCAAAAUUUGAUGAGGACAACUUAAUUCCUUGUUUUGGAUUUGGUGAUGCCUCAACACAUGACCAACAAGUCUUCAGUUUCUAUCCUGAUGAGAAAGUAUGUUAUGGAUUCGAGCAAGUACUGAGUCGAUAUAGACAAUUAGUUCCUCAAUUACGCCUUGCUGGACCAACAUCGUUUGCUCCUAUUAUUGAAAUGACAAUCAGUAUUGUAGAGCAGAGUGGUGGCCAGUACCAUGUUUUGUUGAUAAUAGCAGAUGGACAGGUUACAACAAGUGUAGAUGCUGCGCGUGGUCAAUUAAGCCCUCAAGAGAAGAGAACAGUUGAAGCAAUUGUGAAAGCAAGUCAAUACGCCUUGUCUAUUGUUGUAGUUGGAGUUGGAGAUGGGCCGUGGGACAUGAUGAGGGAAUUCGAUGACAAUAUACCUGCACGAGCGUUUGACAAUUUCCAGUUUGUUAAUUUUACAGAAAUCAUGUCAAAAAAUGUGAAGUGGUCCAGGAAAGAAGCAGAGUUUGCAUUGGCAGCAUUGAUGGAAAUACCUUCUCAGUACAAGGCAACUCUCGAGCUGAACAUUUUGGGUGCUCGUCGAGGGUUGGAAAUUGGCUCCAUUCCUCUCCCCCCUCCUCCCUAUGGUGCAAUUUAGUGUCACUUUUCUAGGGUUAUAUCUCAUGGCAAUGAGGUUCCACUAUGCCAAAUAUCAAUCACUUUCUGCUUUCUGUUGUUAAGGUUUGUUUUUUCAUAACUUUUCUGUACAUGUGGAACAAGUUUCUGGUUUAUCAAUCACUACUUCCUUCUGUAGUUAAAGUUUGUUUUGAC